GGUCAACGUUUGAGGUUUGGCUGUUGAUGUUUUUUUUUUUAAUUUCCUCUUCCAAACAGAUGAAUUUCCUCCCUCCCUGCUGACGACAGAUGCUGGCAGGGGCUGGGCGCAGUGGCGGGGCAGGGGGGACGCAGACAAUGGACCCUCAGUAGGGUUAAGGAGCACCCUGUGCCCCCCCAGUGUGGGGUCUCUUGGUGCUGCCAUGGAGGGGUCCUCAGUGCUCAGCCCCUCCUCAUGGGAGAAACGGCGCGCCUGGGCCCGGCAGAGCCGCUGCUGGAGGACCACAGUGGUGGAGGAGGAGGCGGCUGCAGCCAUGCAGGACAUCCCAGAGCUGCAGUCACCCCACCUGGACGAUGUUUUCCUCGAAGGAAGCUCCUCCAGCAAGAUAGAGACGUGGCUGCAGGACUGCGGGUCAUCCUUGGAGGCGCUGCCGGAGGAGUUGUGUUCAUUGGGUCCCUAUGGCUGUGGGAGCAGCAGCACCAGCUUUGAGGACGACCUGACGCUGGGAGCUGAAGGUAGCAGCCACCCCUGGGGGUCCCUUCCUGUCCCCAACGCUCUGAGCAUCCCUGGAGGAUGCAGGGACAGGGAGCACACCUAUGGGGGCAGGCUGUCCUGGAUGGUUUUGCUAUGUGGAUGGGGCUGCAGACACAGGGCCUGUCCCCAAAGCUCCCCAGACGUCCCCUCCCAUUCCCUGCCACCUCUCUGUUUCCUUUUUGCAGCUCUUCUGCUACCAGGGAACCAUAAAACCUUCGGCAGGGCUCUGCAGGGCAGACGCCUCAGCCUGGGGCACAGCAUGGCAUCCAGCGCGCCCUCCGGCCUCACCAACCUGACCAGCUCCAGCAUCUCCGAGGUUCUCGAUUGGUGCCAGGCAGACGCUGAGGAGAUCCUAUACAAUUUGGGAUUUGUGCAGCCCGGGCCGGGCGCUGUGUCUCGCAUCCCUUCGCGCUUCUUCUCCUCCCCAUCCCGAGCCAAAGGCAUCGACUUCCAGCUCUUCCUGAAGGCUCAGGUGCAGCGCUUGGAGAUGGAGGAUCCCUGCCUGAUGCUGGCCAGUCGCUUCCAGCAGGUCCAGGCUCUGGCUGCCACGGCGGAUGCUUUCUUCUGCCUCUAUUCCUACGUCUCCAAGACCCCCCUGCAGCGCAUCUCCCCUUCACACCUCACCUGGACCAACCCCAGCAUCCCCGAAAUCCGCAUCCCCCCCUCUCAACCCCCCACCCUCUCACCCGCAGAGCGUUUGAGGGCGGCCGUAUCCAAGAUGUGUCUGUAUGCCCCCCCCCGGACCGGGGGUUCCCUGGGCAGGGUGGUGAGGGAGGUGCUGGAACGCAGCCGGGGGGAGAGGUUUUGCUUUGAUCCCGAUGAUGUGGAAAGGUUGGGGGGGGUUGCUGGUUGUGGGGUGGCUGUUGGGACGUCGCCACGUGGAGGUGGGGGGCCCUCGUGGCUUGAUCAGGGGGUCCCCAUAUGUCACCAUCAGCGAGGGAUGGAGAUGGCUGUGGGAUGUGGCCAAAACUCCACGGCGGGGGCUCUGCUGUGGGCAGGAGAUGCUCCGUGCCCCCCAGGAACAGGACGGGGUGACACAGAGGAUGGACAGCCAUGGGUGAAUGUCACCUCAUCCCCAGCGUUGGGUGCAGUGGUCACCAAUAACAGCUGGCUGUGUGCCCCCCCUGCACAGCCGGGACACAACGGGGACUCAGAGACUUCACCCAGGGGGAUAAAAGGGGGGCAGCACCCAGGAGAGCCCCCACACCCCUAUGGGGCACCGCCCUCUCCGUCCCACUGCGCAGCGGGUGGAGACCAGUGGGGUCAGCAGAGCAGAGGAUGGAGCAGAGGAUGGCACUGGGUGGGUGAUGCUGACUGGCAGCAGAGCAACGCAGCGGGGCUGCAGCCCCCCAGGAAGGGUCCCACUGCAGGGAGCUUCGUGUCCCACCACCCCAAUUGGGCUGAGACCAACGAGGCCGUGGACUCCUUUGAGAUGGAAGAGGUAGCGAGCGACAGCGAUGACGACGACGAUGAUGAUGAUGAAGAUGAUGAUGAAGAAACCAGCUGCUCUGUGAGGUUCCGCAGAAGUUUGAUGCUGUAUGGGGUCGGUGGGCACUCGGACAGCAGCGGCUUCGUGGAGGAGCCCCUUCCUGAGCAGACAGAGUGAACCCACCGGGGGUCUCCUGCCUGCA